AAAAAUAUUUGUGAGAAUAAAAAAAAAAACACAGGCAAGUCGCCGAGUUUUGGACGUAUGUGUAUGUAAAAUGGUUGCCGGAGUCCAUGGCAGCCAAAACUUGGGCGAUUCAAAGAGAGAAUCUUUGAUUUAUUAUUCAAAUGCCAAAGAUCUCAACUUUUUUUAUUUAUUAAUUAGUCACAAGUGGCAGUUCUUCGUGGUCGCCACUACCUAAUCAUAACCAUCGACAGGUUUAUAGAGAAGAACUAGGCAACGCAUCGCCAUGGAUCAAUCAUCCUCCAUGCAUUGACUUUUUUUAGAUCGGAGGAAAAAAGUAUGCAAAUUUAGUUAGGGUUUUGAAAUUCGAAAAUCGAGAUGCGGUGGGAUUUGAUCACGGCGAUUGUGGCUGCGCUGGUGGUCUCGGUUUUGGCUGAUGAAUCGGGUCAAAUGGCACCGUAUCGGAUCCACACGCUCUUCUCGGUGGAGUGCCAGAACUACUUCGAUUGGCAGACUGUUGGUUUGAUGCACAGCUUCUUGAAAUCCGGCCAACCCGGUCCGAUUACCCGGUUAUUGAGCUGUACCGAUGAUCAGAAGAAGACUUACAGAGGCAUGAAUCUCGCUCCCACUUUCGAAGUUCCCUCUUGGAGCAGACAUCCUAAGACCGGUGACUGGUACCCAGCAAUUAACAAACCAGUUGGAGUUCUUUACUGGCUUCAACACAGUGAAGAGGCCAAGCAUGUGGAUUGGGUCGUUAUUCUUGAUGCUGACAUGAUCAUUCGAGGUCCUAUCAUCCCUUGGGAACUCGGUGCUGAAAGGGGAAGACCCUUUGCCGCCCAUUACGGCUACUUGGUGGGCUGCGAUAACCUCCUUGUGCGGUUGCACACAAAGCAUCCUGAACUCUGUGACAAAGUUGGCGGUCUUCUCGCUAUGCAUAUCGACGAUCUUCGGGUCUUGGCCCCUCUCUGGCUGUCAAAGACCGAAGACGUUCGCCAAGAUACAGCUCACUGGACCACCAAUCUUACCGGAGAUAUUUACGGCAAAGGUUGGAUCAGUGAGAUGUAUGGUUACUCCUUCGGUGCUGCAGAGGCAGGACUUAAGCACAAGAUUAAUGACGACUUGAUGAUAUAUCCCGGGUAUGUUCCACGAGAAGGUGUUGAGCCUGUUCUUAUGCAUUAUGGUUUACCUUUUUCCAUUGGGAACUGGUCUUUCACUAAACUGGACCACCACGAAGACAAUAUAGUCUACGACUGCAAUCGCCUCUUCCCCGAGCCUCCAUAUCCAAGAGAGGUUAAAAUAAUGGAACCUGAUCCGUCUAAACGAAGAGGUCUAAUUUUGAGUUUGGAAUGCAUGAAUACAUUGAACGAGGGACUCAUACUGCGUCACGCAGAAAAUGGGUGUCCAAAACCAAAGUGGACCAAAUACUUGAGCUUUCUGAAGAGCAAAACUUUCAUGGAGUUAACAAGGCCUAAACUGCUUGCACCAGGAAGUGUACAUAUCCUGCCAGACCAACACGAGCCGCCACCCAUUGAUGAAUUCAAAGGAACUUAUCCAAAGAUUCACACACUGUUUUCUACUGAGUGCACGACUUAUUUCGAUUGGCAAACAGUGGGCUUCAUGCACAGUUUCCGCCAGAGCGGCCAACCUGGAAAUAUCACUCGGCUUCUCAGUUGCACAGAUGAAGCUCUUAAAAACUAUAAAGGUCAUGACUUGGCCCCGACGCAUUAUGUUCCUUCGAUGAGCAGACAUCCUCUAACAGGCGAUUGGUACCCGGCAAUUAACAAACCAGCAGCAGUUGUCCAUUGGCUUCACCACACGAACAUUGAUGCAGAGUACGUAGUAAUUCUUGAUGCUGACAUGAUCCUUCGUGGACCCAUCACACCUUGGGAGUUUAAGGCAGCUCGAGGCCGACCAGUUUCAACUCCUUACGACUAUCUUAUUGGAUGUGAUAAUGACCUUGCAAGACUUCACACGCGUAAUCCCGAGGCUUGUGAUAAAGUUGGUGGAGUCAUUAUAAUGCACAUAGAGGAUCUCCGGAAAUUUGCAAUGUACUGGUUGCUUAAAACCCAGGAGGUUCGAGCAGACAAAGAACACUACGGGAAGGAGUUAACUGGGGAUAUAUAUGAAUCCGGUUGGAUCAGCGAAAUGUAUGGUUAUUCAUUUGGUGCUGCAGAGCUGAAUUUGCGGCAUAGCAUAAACAAAGAAAUUAUGAUUUAUCCCGGGUAUGUUCCUGAACCUGGUGCUGACUAUCGAGUUUUCCACUACGGUCUUGAGUUCAAAGUCGGAAAUUGGAGCUUUGACAAGGCGAACUGGAGGAACACUGAUUUGAUCAACAAAUGCUGGGCAAAGUUUCCAGACCCGCCUAGUCCUUCGGCAGUCCAUCAAACAGACAAUGAUCUACGGCAAAGAGACCUUCUCAGCAUUGAAUGUGGACAGAAGCUAAACGAAGCUCUAUUUCUGCAUCACAAGAGAAGAAAUUGCCCUGAACCUGGAUCAGAAUCGACUGAGAAGAUCUCGGUUUCGAGAAAAGUUGGUAACAUUGAAACAAAACAAACCCAAGGAAGCGAUGAAACAAAAGAGUCAAGUGGUUCGUCCGAGUCUGAAGGGAGAUUCAGCACGUUGAAAUUAUGGGUGAUUGCGCUGUGGUUGAUAUCUGGAGUAGGGUUCUUGGUAGUGAUGCUAUUGGUGUUCUCGACUCGUAGAGGCAGAGGAACAACAAGAGGGAAAGGUUACAGAAACAAGAGACGAACUUCUUACUCGAACACAGGUUUCUUGGACACUAAAUGAUCAUUUCUGUUAGAAUCUGAGCAAUGUGUAGAUACAAACAACUAAACCAAAAAAAGGUGAGACAUUUUGCUUCCCCCAAAGUCAUAUAGGUUUGUUUGUAUUCUUUUAAACAUUAUUUUUUGUCAAGAGUUAUAAAGUCGGAUUGUAAUUUUCAAAAACACACGAAGGAACCAAAAUCUCAAUCUCUGUUACACAUAAUAAUUAACAGGCAAAGUUGAUCGAUCAACUUGCUAUAGACGGUUUUUGAACUUUAUGCUUUGUGGUUCGUGC